AUGCUCGCCGAGGUGAAGCAGUCGCUCCACCUAAUGCACGACCUUUAUUGCAUUCCUCAGCUGCCACUAUCUGCGACUGCAAAGCAGAUGGUGUACCAGGUCAAAGAUGGUGACGAGAUCGAGCGCUUCGAGAUAUUGGCUCUGAACCGAAUGGUGCGGAUCAUGCUGACCGUCCUGAUCGCUCUGCCAAAGAUUGGAGUGGCUUUCAUUCUCAUGCUCAGUGGCUGCCGCUGGCUGGCCGCCACCCAAUCCUUUGGGGAUCUCAUCCUAAACGCACUGGCUCUGGAAUUUGUGAUCGGCAUCGACGAACUCAUGUUCGAGGCAUUCACGCCCGAGCAGACUCGUAGCUUCAUGGAGCAGACAAAGAUUGCAUACCCCAGAGAGGGCGAAACGGGCAUCCAGAAUGAAUCCAGCAUGUCGCUUCUCCUGAACACGCUGGCGAUCAUCCUCAACCUUGCAUGGUCGUACAUGUACUUGAACAACUGGCAGCAGGUGCUGCCGAAUUUCUCUCAUGACAUUCGAGCACACUGUCAAAGCAGGUUUGCCGAGAUGUACAUGCUGAAGUGCCCCUUCAUGGGAGAUCCGGAUGAGUGCUUUCCGUUCGGCGAGU